AUUUUCGACAUGGAUUCCAGCAGGAAUUGGCUAUUGAUAUGGGCCUAUGCUAUAGGAUGCUUUGACCUGGCUGCCGCCCUGCUCUUUGCCAUUGUCAGUUUUAAGACAAUCUGCACACACCUGAGUUGGCUGACAAUAUUCGCUUCUAUUUUUGGCAUUUUCUGGGUAUCUAUGAUUCUGAUGCUACUGAUUGGCAUUCAUGGGCGCAAACCCAGUUGUGUUCGUGCCUGGCUUAUCUUCUCCUGCCUUGGCAUCCUGGUGGAGAUGUGCCUGAUUUUGUAUGCCGUAUUCAACGAGAGCACUUUCCAAACGGGUCUGGUCAAAAAUGGAUUGCUGCUGCUGCUGGGAUUGAUCGUGGAGUGCAUUUUCCUUUACAUAGUUCAACGAUUUUAUGUGACCUUGGCCUUUUGUAAAGCCUGCCACCAAGCUAUAAAGUCGAAACUGUUACAAGAAGGUCAUUCUGGUAAACAUCCCAGUCGCCAUCGGCUACAUGAUGCAAAUGACCAGCCCAAGAAGUAUCCUCAACUUCAACAUCCUAGAGGAAAAAUCGUUCAUAACGCACCAUCACAUCCCAUGAAGCUGAGUUUUCUUCGUUACACUGACGACAGUUCGGAGCCGUAGAUUAAAGUUGUUUAAUAAUAUUUAAUGUGUAAUAAAAAGCAUAUAAAAAAACA